AUGACGUCAUUUCUAAUAAUAAUUUCCGGUAUAAUUAAUUUAAUGAUCAUGAAUGUCAAGCAUAUAGAUGGAACUCUACCAACGAAAUCAUUGUGUUACUGUGGCUAUUGCUUAUAUUCAGAUUUGGAAAGAAAAUAUUUCACUAAUUUUAGUGAUUAUCAGAAUUUAUGCCCUGCCAGUGGGAAUAGUAUCGGUUAUAAGUUAUGGCUGUUGGAAGUUUACAAUGAUAGUGUCAAAAAUUUGUUGAAAGAUUUUAUUGCGGUGUAUAAUUUGAGCGGUAGUGUUGUCUACAUCCCACUGAAUAUGAGGUUAUCUGGUCAGGAAUGGAAGUGGAUUGACAACAAACCAUAUUCAGACGAUGAUGGCACGAUUAAAAAUCAGAGAUCUUCACACGAGGUUGCAUACCUGACAAAAGUUUCAAAUGGGUCUCUGGUUGGAUACUUUGCCGCUGAACCUGGCAGCAGUCAUCUUUCAAGAGCCAUUUGUCAAAUACGUGACUUGAGCCAGUGCAUGCAGACAGAUCUCACCUCCAACAACACCUGCUACAGACAGGCGGAAAAACCAACAACAACAUCCACAACUGCAUCAACGAUGACGUGGUUCGAAGCUGAAAAUCUCUGCUUCAAACUAGGUGGCUCGCUGGCUGUAUUUGAUCAAGUAAAUCUUAAACAAGUUAACAAAAGUUGGAUUCAGUCGUUGGCUGAUGGGAAUUAUUGGGUUGGGCUUUCUAAAGGGCAGUACAUUUGGGCAUAUUCAAAAAAUUUUGUCAGUUACUCGUUGUGGAAGAAUGGAGACCCAUCGUACUCAGAUGCUGCGUGUCCUGCUGUUGAUUCAAGCGGUAGUAUUAAUAGCAAUUGGGUUUUUGUACAGUGUUCGAAUGCUUUCGUUGUCGUCUGUAUGGGAGAUGCAAACAAUGCCCAAUCAGAAUAUACCACUACCCCAACUGAACAAGAGACACCAAUCCAAAGCUGUGGCAAACCAAGAGGUACCAAUGCGAAUGUACAACCAAUAAUUCCAACAAAUUACCCAAGAGAUGUGUCAAAAAAUGAACAGGAGGAGACAAAAACCAGUCACACUUACAUUACAAUACUGGAAGACGAUGAUGACAACCGUGAUGAUGAUUCUCAAAACAAUAGCUCGAUGAAAUCUCUAUGCGAUGAGAAUUACUGCUUGUACUCGGACGGCAUUUCACGAACAUACACCAACAUUGAAGCCAUGGAAGAGGUCUGCAGACGGUGGGACGUGACAACCUGGAUGCUGGAGGUGUACAGCGCUAAGGUUCAACUCCUGGUCAAUCAAUUUACAUUGAGGUACAAUUUUAAAGGCGGAUACAUUGCAUUGAACAAAGAAGAAACUAUCUCUUUUGGAUGGAUUUGGAUCAACAACAAUCUUCUUAACUCUCUGGGAAGUGUUCAGAACGAUGGAUAUGGUGCAAAGGUGGCAUACGUUGUGAAAUUUUCAAACAAUUCACUUAGCGGGUACAUUGCUGUCAAUCCAAGCUUUAUGCUGACUGGAGCGAUAUGUCAAAUUCAGUUGAAAGACGCCAGUGGCUGUAUAUACGACCGAGAUAUAGAGGUUGAGGAGAUGUGCUACCGACCAGUUGGUGGUGGUGCAAUGACUUGGUACGAGGCACAGAACCAAUGCCUAAUACACGGGGGUUACUUGGCCGUAUUCGAUAAUGUGGAUCUAGAUGACAUUAAUCCUGCCCACUUAAAAUCCUUGUGGGAUGGAAGCUAUUGGGUUGGACUGUCGAAAGGAUAUUUCAUCUGGGAUCAAUCAAAGAGUAUGUUUAGUUUUUCACGUUGGAAAGAUAAGUCCCCGAACUCAGGACUGCCUGUUACGGCCAUAAACACGUGGGAGGCUGGUUACUGGGAAAACGUGAAUCUCACGAAUUCAUUCACAGUCGUUUGCAUGAAAGCCUUUCCUACUACAACAGGCUUAACAAGGGAGAAACAAUUGCUGAUAGCACUGAUAGUCAUGGCCAUUUUGUUUGGGAUUUCAUUGAUUGUUUUUUUGGUAAUUGGAAUCUGUUUCAUCAUAUCAAGAAAAUCGAAGACAAACCCCGUAGCAUCGCCUGUAUACAACAAAGCCCAAGAUUUAGAUACAGUGAACGAGAGUUCUUUAGCAACAGCAUGCAACGAUAGAUACUGCUUAUACUCCGACUUAUCUUCGAACCUCUACAACAGCGUAGAUGAGUUGAAAUAUUUUUGUACAAAAUUGAACAUGGGUCUUUGGCUGCUGGAGGUGCAUGAUUCUGGAAUUCAGAAUUUGGUAAAUCAAUUUGUGAAGAAUAAUCAGAUGAAUAAUAAAUUUAUACCGCUGAAUUUGAAGUUUUCUAGCCUUGGAUGGACAUGGAUUGAUAACAGGGCCGCAAAAGUGUCCAUUCAAAACGAAAACGUCAGUUCGAAAUCCCAAGUGGCCUACGUUACAAAAUUUUCAAACAAUUCCCUCUUGGGUUAUUACGCCGCUGAUCCAGACUCUACCUGCUCUGGAGCCAUUUGCCAGAUUCAAACAAAUGAUGACGAUGGGUGCGCUUACGACAGAGAUCUACUGGCCGAGGAAAAUUGCUACAGACCUGUGGGCGGUGUUGGUCCGGUUACGUGGUACGAAGCGGAGAACCAGUGUACCCUUCUGGGUGGGUCGUUGGCCGUUCUCGACGGGGUGCAAUUAGAGGGGGUGGAAAGUAGUAAGGUACAGUCUCUAGCUGACGGAAAUUACUGGGUUGGAUUGUCGAGAGGAAGAUUUAUGUGGGAUUACUCCAACAGUUUUGCCAGCUAUACUCAUUGGAAAAGUAAAUUUGUAUCGCCAAUGUAUCCUUGUACGGCCAUGAACACAAGCGACAGCAAUCUUUGGUUCAACAUGCCGUGCUCAUACACAUACACACCAAUCUGCAUGAAAACGGCGGGAUCGCAAGAGCAGACCACGACGUUGAAACAAAACGUUGAAAAUCAGAAUUCGCUAUCCAACCAGGGUACUAGUAAAGAAAUCCAGCUGACAAUUGCAUUGGUUGUCAUCGGCAUUCUUUUUGGCAUCACGUUGGUAUCGCUGAUUGUCAUCACUAUUUGUUACAUCAGGUCUACCCAGAAAAACACUAGGAAACCGAUCAAACCGCUAUCUGGGAUUGAUGUGGGUCAAGAUGUUCCGAUGACGACAACGAAUGUGCGAGAACUUGACGACGGCUCCUACACUAGAAUCAACACAGUUGCUACAAUCAACCACAACACAACCAGCAACACCAACCCCAACAAUCACAUUAUCAACAGCAACUCCAACAACAAUCCCAACAACAAUCCUAAAAACAAUCCCAGCAGCUAUCCCAACAACAAUCCUGACAACACAGACUACAGUCCUAGCAGCACAACGUUAAAUGGCGAUUAUAGUGAAUAUAUAUCACUCGAAUAUGAGCAAUAA